ACGAGCGGGACGGCAAUCUGCAUCGGAUGGUGUGGAGGUUGCUGCAUCGUUGUCCCCUGAACAGUUCACCGGAUUGUUGUUUAUCUUUAGUGCAUGAACAGGAAUAGUCGACUUUAAACUACUUUGCAAUACAGUAAAAGACUUGGCCGUCAUCAGAGCAUUUUGGAAAAUUGAAGAAAGCCGAGAUGUCAAAGACAAAGGGCCCAAAUGGAACUGGAGCAACCACGGACGGGGCACGGACAUAUCCGUUAGCCUGCUGCUAGCUUGAUCAAUUGGAACACGAGGAACUAUCAACUGGCUAUGACUAAUAACGAGGAAAGGAUAGUCAAAUUGUAGUCCAGAAGGAAUGGUUGAGAAUCAAUCAAAUGUUUUAGGUACGCAUUUUUUAUUGCAAAAGUAUUUGAAUGGAAUGGAUGCGGUCUGUAGAAUUGAUUAACAACAAUAGCUAGCCGGCUAGCUAGCUAACGUUACUUGCAUGUUGAAUUGGGAAGCUAUCCAGUUAGCCAAAUAACGUUACGUCAUCUGUACACUAGUUAACCAGGCAGGCAACUACAAUAAGGUGGAUGGACUGUCACCUGCGUGUGGGUGCUGGUGAAGUUAGUUGACUGGGUAGGCCAUUAUUCUUCCUUCAGCUUUUUUUCGACACAGUUUAGUAUUACGAAAUGACAAGUGAACAUGGGAGUGUUAUAGGACAGUGGAUAUAGUUAGCUACCGUUUUGGCAGGACAGUAGGAAAGAAGUGACAACCGAUAUCUCAGGUACAGUAACGUUGGACUACAAUGCAGUAGGUCUGACGUUCUGCAUUCGGACAUAGGGAUCUCUGGUUUUGCUGGACCGCUUGCUAACAAAAACUUUAUGACGCAGGCUCAGUUUAUUAUUUCAUUUUUGACUGACCACACCGGUCACAGUUUCCCUAAAGCUUCCACAGCCCUCAUACCAUGGCAGCGGUUGUCAACUACUCACCACCAUGGUGGGUGAACCUGCUACACCGACUCCCUCAUUUCAACCUUCAAUUCGAACAGACAAGCAGUGAUUUUCGCCCAGAGGACUCGUCAUAUCAACAGUCCAUCCUGCUGCUGGGAGGCGUGGCUCUAGCCUGCCUGGCCCUGGACCUCCUCUUCCUGCUCUUCUACUCCUUCUGGUUGUGCUGCCGGCGGAAGAAGAGCGAGGAGCAGCCCAACGCCGACUGCUGCUGCACCGCCUGGUGUGUCAUCAUCGCCACGCUCGUCUGCAGCGCCGGCAUUGCUGUUGGUUUCUAUGGGAACGGCGAGACCUGUGACGGAGUGAACAGGCUGACGUAUUCCCUGCGCCACGCCAACCGCACGGUGGCAGGAGUGCAGAAACUGGUAUCAGACAGCACGGGGUCCCUGAAGCAGACGGUGGAUGGCAGUCUGGGGCAGCUGGAGGGCCAGUACGCCAAGCACACAGACUACCUGUCCAUCAUCCAGAAGCUGCAGGGCCAGCUGGACGAGCUGGUGAGGCAGAUGGUGGAGAUCCCCUUCUGGGACAACAGAGAAAUCUCCCUGGAGGAGCUGGCCGUCAACAUCGAGCUCUACGACUGGUACAGGUGGCUGGGCUACUUGGGCCUGCUGUUGUUCAACAUCCUCAUCUGCCUGCUGGUGCUGUUUGGCCUCAUUCGCAACUCCAAGGGAACGCUUAUUGGAGUGUGUCUUCUGAGCAUGCUGGCUCUGGUUAUCAGCUGGGCCUCCCUGGGUCUGGAGUUGGCUGUUUCUGCCACUUCCAGUGACUUCUGCGUUGCUCCUGACAUGUUCGUCACCCAAAUGACAGAACAGUAUGGAGUGCUCAAUAAAGACAUUUUGCAGUACUACAUGAGAUGCAGUGUGGACCAAACCAACCCAUUCCAACAGAAGUUGUCCGGGAGCCACAAAGCCUUAGUGGAGAUGCAGGACGACUUGUCUGAACUGCUUCACUCGGCCACCAGAGAGUACCCCCAAACUAAGGGGAAUCUAGAACAGAUCCAGGGGGUACUGAACACCACAGAGAUUGGCCUGCAUCAGCUCACUGCCCUGGUGGACUGCCGCAGCCUGCACAUGGACUAUGUCCAGGCUAUAACAGGGUUGUGUUAUGAUGGACUAGAGGGCCUGAUCUACCUGGUGUUCUUCUCCUUCGUCACGGCUCUCAUGUUCAGCUCCAUCGUCUGCAGCGUGCCUCACACCUGGAACAACAAGAGGAACGAGGCGGACAGCGAGGAGGAGUCCAUGGCCCACGGAGGCAGACUGCAGAACCAUGACAACCUGUACCGGGUCCACAUGCCCAGCCUGUACAGCUGUGGCAGCAGCUACGGCAGCGAGACCAGCAUCCCUGCUGCAGCACACACCGUCAGCAACGCCCCCGUCACAGAGUACAUGACCCAGAAUGCCAAUGCCUUCCAGAACCCGCGGUGUGAGAACACUCCACUGAUAGAGAGAGAGUCCCCUCCUCCCUCGUACACCUCCAGCAUGAGGGCCAAGUACCUGGCCAACAGUGGGCCGGGUCCCAGUACCUCCACACCCAUACCUCCACAGCACCCAUCACAGCACCAAGAACACGACUCGGCACACCACUCACGACAGCACACUCCACACCGCCCACCACUUCACCCUACAGCACAGCUCUAGACAACACCGGGGCGUGACCCACCUACAGACACACCAGUGUGGAACCACCUAGCCUCUGGAACCUCUUCUCCAAUGCCCUUCAACAUUUCUGUGACAUCAUCUCCAUUCCCAUCCAGUCUACAGUCCAGAUCUGCUUUCCUCUUCACCCUUACUAGCCCUCUCCCCCAGCAACAACUUCAAACAUCGGGGCCAAAUAUGUAUUGAUAGCAGAGCUUAGAAAGGGAUAUGCAAGGCAGACGCAUCAUGUAAAUAGUGCUGUCGUCAUUACAAUGUUUUCCGGAGGCUCUUUCAUGAUGUUUCCAGAUGACCAGUCUGGGCUGGCCCACAUAGAGCAGAGCAGCUAGCCAGUGCAUUGUGAGGGCCAAGAGGAGGUUAUUUCCAGCAUUGUGUGAUCGCUGUCAUUGGCUUCAUGGGCUGCUAUUGGACUGACUGAGUGGUGGUCCUUGUUCCCCUGCUACCCCCUACCACCGCCUCGUCUCUGUGCUGGGCCAUCCUCAUGUGGCCCAGGGACAAUACAGACUAAUGAGGCAACUGGCCUCCAGCUCAUCAUGAAUGAUCUCUGCUCCUUUUCCACUCCUCUGUCUGCUCAGUCCACCAAAUAUCAUCUUGAACUGAAUGAUAAUGUCUAAUGUGAGGAUAUGUUGCUCAAACAACAUCUUUGCUUUUAUUUGUCUGCCACUUUUGGGGUCUCCCUGUGUUUGAUAUUGUAUGAAGGAGAUAUCCACAAUCAAAUGUCCAUGUUUACCACUGCAAAAACCGCUAGUUAUGGUGCUGUGAAUGUAGUGAAGGAGAGAACACCUGAAUAGAUAAUGAAACUAAACUGCCAUUGCUUUGGUGAGGACUGAGAGAGAAUGUCUAGGCUAGCACUUAUAACUAUUGAUAGUGAUUUUGUUCAAUAUGUUGCUACGUACUGUACUCUCUCGUUGCUGUAGGAGAUGUUGAGCAAUGCCUUACACAGAGAGCUGUGGAAAGGCCUAGCAACUACCGUUCCCUCACACCCUUUACAGAACUAGGCCUCUGUCAUAGCAAGUUGUGAUGCAGGCACAGUUCCUCAAAGGUUGGAUGUACCGCAACAAUACUAAGGAAAUGAUAUGUCUUAAAGACAAAGACCAGUGUUUCUCAAGCAUUCCGUGUGAGUGUUCUUCAUCAUAGUGAAACAUCUCAGUUCCUCAUGUAAUCCUGUUAUCUGGAGGACUUGCAACACGACCAGUAGAACGCCUGAUCCAAGAAAGGGCAUUAACAUCAAUUGUAUUAUCCUGUCUCUUAAUACGUGUCUGACGAGAUCACAUUGACAUAUCAUUACUACUGCCUAACAAGCUGAAAGACCACUUAUUUCUGAUCUAGGUAGACAUCAGCUUGUUAUUGCAUUUGUCUUAAAUCUCAGUUAUCUUAUUUCAUAAUGUCUUACAGUAGUAGGUCUAUGACUGGAAAAGACUGGGACCUCUUAACUCUUAAAUUAGUCCUGACCUGCAUGCUUGUGGCUGUUGUUCCCCCCCAGAGGGAGGUUUGCCAUUGGAGUGUUACAGUAUGCCACUAUUCCAGAAAAAUUACUGAAGCUACAUGGAUUUUGAACUGUAGAGUUUUGAUGUGAAAAACUGGAGUUCAUUUGCGAUUCCAGCGUCUGCUCUUGGAUGAUGUGAGCUGAAAAGACUGAUAAAGGUCACUAAAGAAGAGGAGCUAUAAAUGGUGGGACCCACUGUCCUCUCAUCAAUACCACAGACUGCUGUUAUCAGAACUGUAAUUCUCAUUACAUUGAAGAGUUUGGUCAAUUGAGAAUAUGCUUAGCAAAAUGUUCACGUCUAUGGUAAGGUUUUGUUCCCAAACAGAAGACUAUUCAGACAAGGGAAAGGAAACAUUUUUAAACUAACGGAAGCACAUGCUUUUUUUCAACAGACAGCUGAGGACUGGUUCCUGAUUGCUGACAGACAAAACUAAACUAAACAGAAGUUUUCCUCCACCAUUAUAAGACUCUCGUUCAAAAUAUAAUUUGCGGUGCUCUUCUAUUAGCCAAAUAUCUUGUGCUAGUGUUGGUGUUCCUCUGCGUACAGUGGUCGGUGUGUUAGCUUGCCGUCUCCUGUCCUCCCAACAGAUCUGGAAAGCAGCAGCUAGUCCACUCCUAUCUCCGACCGCCUCGCAACGUUCUCCUCUGCUGAACCCUAUGGAUAUAGUCACAGACUGUAACAUCACAUUAUAUCCAGAGUGUCUGGAGGCUGUGUACAUUAAUCAGUAUGUAUUUUCUCUCAAGGGGUGUGGAAUACAUGUAUUAUAGUGUACAGUUAUGCAUGUUACAACAGCCAACAGAACUGCAAAAUUGACAUCCUAAUGCACCAGCAUUUCAUUGUCACAAAAAUGUGUUUUAGCAUAAAGAACUCUUUUGGAGAAAAAAAAAUGAAAACUGCGGGAGUUGUUUCACAAUGGGUAAAUUGAAGAAAUCCUGUAGUGACACAGGUUCAUUUGUACCAUUCACCUUUUCAGUAAGAGCAUCCUACGGUUCUGUGGACUCCUAAAGCAUGGUGACCCUUCAAAUGUAUAGUGAAAUAUUGUUGUACAUUGUUGCUACUGACGCUUCUCUUGGCGCCUCUUCGUUCUGCAUUGUAAUCAAUAUGAGAGGUGUGUUUCUUUCUUCAGACUGUGCCAAUAACCAAACACAACACCUUACCUUUACUAUUAUAUUUUUAAAUGUCUCACUAACGCCUGUUUGUACAGUUCACAGCACUGUGGUUGCCUGAGCAACCAAAUGAGGAAAAUGAGCCCUACAUUUUGAACUUGUUGUUUUAUUCUCUGUGUGUGAAAGACAAUUUAUUAUAGUGAUGAUGCAUUUUUACUGUUUUGGAGUAGUCAUAUUUUCUUAAUUAAUGUUGUAAUGCUAGACCAAUGUACAGACUUUAAAGGGAUACUUUGGGAUUUGGCAAUGAAGCCCUUUAUCUACUUCCCCAGAGUCAGAUGAACUAAUGGACCACCAUGUGUAUGUCUCUGCAUUCAGUAUGAGUUAGAGGUAGUUUCGCAAGCCAAUGCUAACUAGCGAUAGUGCAAUGAGUGGAAGUGUAUGGUAUCUACUAGCAAUGGUGCUAAUGCUAGUUAGAAACUUCCUUCAAACUGCACGCAGAGACAAAAAUGGUAUCCACGAGUUCAUCUGACUCCGGGGAAGUAGAUAAAGGGCUUAAUUGCCAAAAUCCUGAAGUAUCCCUUUAAAACAUGUUUGCUAAAUGAGCUGGUGAAGUUGACAUUUCCUUUCUCAUUGUGAUGAAAUCUCUUUGCUUCAUAAAAAAAAAAAAAGUAAUUUACCAUUGAUUAUUUUUUGUGUUCGUUGCAUAUAUUACCGUGUGUAGCAAACACAAAAUGUUUGUUUCUUUUAUGUGAAUACAAUUUAGUUUUUGUCUUUCAUUGCUUUGUUUUGAUAACAUUUCACUGUAGAUUUACUCAUUGUUUUUAUAUUAUUUUAAAGCAAUUACAAAAAUAUUGUACAUGUUAAACCUGUGGUUUUAUUGAGCUUGAACUCAGUGUUUUGAAAUUAAACCAACCUUAACUGUUGAA